AUGGCUCUCAGUUAUUCGCCAACAUGCCUGGCUGUUGGUUCCGAACUGACAGUCAAAUGCGGCAUUCCCUCGAAUUUCGCCUCCAAUGGCGGCAUUGAUCCCCCCCAAUGGAAGGGCUCCACGUUUCACCUCAAGGCACGGCGGCAUUCCGCAGCGCCCGCAGCGCCCGCAGCGCGCACUGCGAAAGUGGUCGCUAUGGCGGGAAAGAAGGGGAAGAAGGGCGGAGGAGGCGGCGGAAGAGCCGGCGGAGGCGGAGGCGGCGCAGGUGCCGGGGGAAGCGGCGGCGGCGGAGGCGGGGGGAAGCUGAAGUCGGCGGGCAGCAAGGCUCCGUCCGCGGAGCGCGGGACAGCGUACCAGAACGAGACGCGCAAGAUUAUCCUUAGCGUGAACCGCCUCCGCAAGGUCGCUCCGAAUGGAAAGGAGAUUCUAAAGAACAUCAGCCUGGGCAUGUACCUGGGCGCCAAGAUUGGAUUCCUGGGAGCGAACGGAGCAGGCAAGAGUUCCCUCAUGCGCAUUCUGGCGGGGAGAGACACGGCGUUUGAGGGGGAUUAUUACAUUGAUCCGAGCAUCAAGAUUGGGUACCUGGAGCAGGAGCCGCUGCUGGCUGAUGGGGUCACUGUUAUGGAUAAUAUCGAGCCUGCUCUUAAGGAGACCAAGGACCUGCUGCAGGAGUUUGAGGAGGUGAGUGUAGCGAUGGCAUCAGCGGGCGAUGCUGACAUGGAUAAGCUGAUGGCUCAGAUGGAGCGCCUGCAGACCCGUCUGGACGCCUGCAACGGCUGGGAGCUCGACAGGCAGCUUCAGAGAGCCAUGGAUGCGCUGCGCUGCCCUCCCGGUGAGGCCCCCGUGGCGAACCUGAGUGGUGGAGAGAGGAGGCGCGUGGCACUGUGCCGGCUGCUGCUGCAGGCGCCAGACAUUCUGUUUCUGGACGAGCCCACCAAUCAUCUGGACGCGGAGGCAGUGGCGUGGCUGGAGCGGUACCUGGCUGAGUUCAAGGGGACCGUGGUCGCCAUCACUCACGACCGAUACUUCCUCGACAAUGUCGCAGGGUGGAUUUUGGAGCUGGAUCGAGGGCAGGGCAUUCCGUUUGAGGGCAACUAUUCUGCGUGGCUGGAGAACAAGGCUCAGCGCCUGGCAGGGGAGGAGCGGCAGCAGUCAGUGCUACAGCGGGUUAUGGAGAGGGAGAUGGAGUGGAUCCGACAGAAGGCCAAGGGGCAGCAGAAGAAGGGCAAGGCGCGCAUGCGAGCAUAUGAGGAACUUGUCAUCCAAGCUAGCCAGUACUCGCGGGAAGAAAAGCUGGAGAGCAUGUUCCUGCCGCCAGGGCCGCGGCUGGGAGAUGUGGUGGUGGAGGCGGAGGGGGUGGCCAAGGCGUUUGGGGAGAGGGUUCUCAUGGAUGGGGUCAACUUCACCCUGCCACCUGGAGGCAUUGUGGGGGUGAUUGGUGGCAACGGUGCCGGCAAGUCAACGCUAUUCCGCAUGAUUGUGGGGCAGGACAGCCCCAAUGAGGGCACGCUGCGAGUGGGAGAGACAGUGGCGCCCCUCUAUGUGGACCAAUCGCGCGACGCGCUGGAUCCCAACAAGACGGUGUUUGAGGAGAUCACGGGCGGCGCAGAUGAGAUCCUUCUGGGAGAGCGCAAGGUGAACAGCCGGGCAUACUGCGCGUGGUACAACUUCAAGGGCGCGGACCAGCAGAAGAAGGUGGGCGUGCUGUCAGGCGGCGAGCGGAACCGCGUGCACCUGGCGCGCACCAUGCGGCAAGGAGGGAACCUGCUCAUGCUGGACGAGCCCACCAAUGACCUGGAUGUGGAUACUCUGAGGGCGCUGGAGGACGCGAUUCAGGGCUUUGCGGGAUGCGUGAUUGUCAUCUCUCACGACCGCUGGUUUCUGGAUCGCAUUGCUACGCAUAUCAUGGCCUUUGAAGGCGACUCCAAGGUGGUUUGGUUUGAAGGCUCGUACAGUGACUACGAGGAGGACAGGAGGAGGCGGCUUGGGAACAAAGAACCAUCACGUCUCAAGUACAGGGCGCUAGCAUGA